ACUUCCCUCUCCUUCUUUCUCUUCAUCCCCCGUUCCAUUGUACUCCACGAGUUAAUGAGCAUUUUCUGAACCUUUUUUUGGUUUUUCAGUAUACUUUCAAGCAAAUAACUAUGGACGAUUAAAGCUAAUGACACACCUUCCCUACUAUAGGGAAGUAGGAGCAGGGAGGAGUUACUAGAUGACACUUUGCUGAAGUCAGAGUUCAACUGAGAGCAGGAAACUGCACACGGUAACAAGCACAUUCCUGCUCGCGAAGAUAGCAACACAGCUGCAGCCUGCACAGAGUCCACCUUUCAUAGAGAAAUAGAAGGCACAAGCAAACUCAAAAAUGGCAUCCUCUAGCAGUUUCCUGUCUGAAGAUCAGUUCCAGUGCUCCAUCUGUCUGGAUGUGUUCACUGAGCCAGUCUCCAUUCCAUGUGGACACAACUUCUGCAAGGCUUGUAUUAGUGGAUACUGGGAUACCACUAGCCGGAGCCAGUGUCCACUGUGUAAGCAUACUUUCUACAAAAGACCAGAGCUAAAGACCAACACGACACUCAGAGAUGUUGCAGAUCAUUUCAAAAGAAUGAGUGACAGAGACAGAGAUUUGUCCCCUGCCGAGCCCGGAGAAGUGGCCUGUGAUCUCUGCACUGGGGGAAAGCUUAAAGCCCUGAAGUCCUGCCUGGAGUGUCUGACCUCUUACUGUGAGAUUCACUUGCAGCCUCAUCAGAGAGUUACAGGCCUGAAAAGACACAAGCUGAUCGACCCUGUGGAGAACCUGGAAGACAGGUUGUGUAAGAAGCACGACAGACUCCUGGAGCUGUUCUGUAGGACUGACCAAACGUGUGUGUGUCAGUUCUGCACUGAGACAGACCACAAGACUCACCACACCGUGCCUCUAGAGGAAGAGUUUGGAAAGAAGAAGGCUCAACUGCGGAACUCCAUAGCACAAAUGCGGCAGAUGAUCCAUGACCGCUGGCAGAAGGUUAGGGAGAUCAAAGACUCUGUAGAGCUCAGCAAGACAGUUGCAGAGAGAGAGAAAGCAGACAGUGUGAAGGUCUUCAAUGCUCUGGUGCGUUCCAUUGAAAGAAGCCAGGCUGAGCUCAUUGUGGAGAUUGAGGAGAAGCAGAAAGCCGAAGACAGGCGGGCUAAAGGGCUGAUUAACGAGCUGGAGCAAGAAAUUACCGAGCUUAAGAGAAGACGCACCAAGCUGGAGCAGCUCUCACACACCGAGGACCACCUCCACCUCCUCCAGAGUUCCCCAUCCCUGUGCACCCCCACAUUCACCAAGGACUGGUCUGAGAUCAGUGUUCACUACUACCUACAUGUGAAGAAUGUGAGGAGAGUUGUGUCUCAACUAGAGGAGACACUUCAUAAUGAGAUCGAGAAGUUGCCUGACAUCAAGCUGAAGAGGAUGCAGCAGUACGCAGUGGAUGUGACUCUGGACCCUGAUACAGCAUUUCCAUACCUCAACGUGUCUGAGGACGGAAAACAAGUGACACUGGGAGACGUACUAAAGGAGCUUCCUAACAACACUGAGAGGUUUGAUUAUAAUCCCUCUAUCCUGGGAAAGAAUGAAUUCUCCUCUGGGAGAUUCUACUAUGAGGUGCAGGUAGAGGGGAAGACUUGGUGGAGGUUAGGGGUGGCUAGAAAGUCCACCAACAGGAAGGGCUGGCUUCCACUGACCCCUGAGAAUGGAUUCUGGACUCUGGGUCUGAAGAGUGGGUACCACCGGCAUUGGUAUUGUGCAAACAUGUACGAUAACCUCUUCUACCUGCCCUUCUUCUCCGGCAAGCCACCGACACCCCAAAAAGUGGGGGUGUUUGUGGAUUAUGAGGAGGGUCUAGUCUCCUUUUAUGAUGUAAAGGCCAGAUCUCACAUCCACUCUUUCACUAGCUGCAACUUCACAGAGAAGCUCUAUACAUACUUCAACUCUGGUGGUAAUGCUGGUGGUAAAAACACUGCCUCAUUGGUCAUCUCUACUGUCAAUCACACAGAAUAAAUAUUGAUCCAAUAAGGUCACAGCGCUUAUAGUGUUAUAUGUAUUCAUAAUGCUGUCAGUCAGAGAUGUGACCGUAUAACCUAAUGAUGAUUUGGUCAUUUGUCAGACUGUGUUAUUCAAUUAGGCACUUGAAAGAAAACGUACAUACAUUAAUGGAAAUGUAAAAUGUGUUGAUGGGAGUAAUGUCUUUGAUAUAAUAUGAUGUAGUUGCAUGUAAUGGUGUGUUAAAUUGUAGUGGCGUGAGGUGUGUCUAUGUGUUUGUAACAUACUGAAAGUACAGAGUUGUAAUUUACUUUCACCUUAUCUUUUACAUCAGAUGUUUAUGAUGUGUUUUAACCUGAUCAUUUUCUUUAUUUGGUCAUUUUUCCUUUUUUCUAUCAAGUGUGGUGAGACCAUGUGUGAAAUACAUUUUAGAAUAAUCUUG